AUAUAAAGAGCAACAGAACACAAGCCAGGCUUUAUCCUGCUUGUCUGUCCAGCUCACUUAGACCUCACAGGAAACUCCCAACUCCCCCAGCCCUCACACACUCACUCAUUAUCACUUUCCACACUUUUUUUGUUGCUCUCACACACACAGUCCCACCGGCUUGCUGAGUCUGACCUGAGAGGAUGGCUGCAUCCAUGUGGAGAAUGAAUGGGCUCUGGAGGAGGAUGGCUGGACUUCUGCUGCUCUGCGCUCUAUUGCUCAGCAAUGAUGUGAGGUGUCAAGAUGAGGGGGCUACAACAGAUGCACUCGCAGCUGAUCCAGCUGAUGGUCCUGGCUCCACUAGAGUUCCAGAUGUCUCUGCUGCCCCAAACGUAGAUGCCAAUCCCACGGCUGUCGGUGGUGAAUCUGCUGCUUCUGCUACUCCUGGAGACGACUCGGUCCUGGCCACCAUCAUGACCACUGCAGUCAAUCCUGAUAACCAGGAUGAAGCCACCUCAAAUACAGCAGGGACCACUGCUGCCCCCGUUGUUGCACGUGGUGUGGAUUUAACACCCGUGUUCACAGCUGACACUCACGUUGUUCAAUUAGUGGUGCCUGAGGUGAAGUGUGUUGGAGCAAACGACAUCUCAAAAAGUAAUGCUGUUAAAGUUGAGGUGGCGACAGCUGAUUGUGAGGCAACUCGAGCCAUUAUUCAGGAAAAUGCUGCAGGCUGGUGUGAGACGGAAAAGUGUGGUCUAAGAAUCUUUCAGAAUGGCAAGACAGCCCUGGUGGCCAGUGAUGAUGCUAAGUUGAGUACCUUGGCUGAAACACUUCAGGGUGAACAAUUGAAAGACAAGCUGGGUGUGGCAAAGACUGAGACCCCAUCAUCAUCAGGUUCUGCUGUAUUUGUGGGAGUACUGGUCUCAGGUCUGAUUGCUGCCCUUGGAAUCACUGUAGCUUAUUUCAAAUGCCAGCGCAAGUCUGACACCAAGGGAGUGAGACUGGCAGAGGAGGCCUAUCCAGUAGACCAGGAGAACCAGGGGAACACUCUUGUAUCUGUGGCCCCCCUCAACCCCCCUCCAGAAACCCAGGAGAAGCCUAGUGUAAAUGGAGAGUCUCCCGAGGCUGCCAAGACCCAACCCCCUCCACCCACCAACGGCCACUCCACCACCAAGACAGCAGACACCGAGAUGUGAAAUAGUCUACAAAUAAUUGCAGCCCCAGGACCUACCCCCACAAACACAGACACACACACACACACACACGCACACACACAUACACACACACACAAACAUGCCUUUGCAAACUCCCUUUCUGAUUCCACUUCUGCCCAACCACUGAAAGUCCACAGCAAAGUGGACAUCAGGAACAGGAACAAUGUCCAACGCUCCUCUUGUCACAGCCCUUUUGCCUCCUCCUUUGGCUGUGUGCCUCAAUAAACAGAAAACUAGUCUGAUGACGAUGGUGGCGACGGUGACUGAUGACAAUGAUGACGAAGACUCAGUCCAUGGGGUGUUGUCGGCAGUUUGGCUGGGAAUGAGAGACAGGAGACGGGCAGUUCUGGGUGGGAAGAGAGUGUAUUUUAGCCUUAACCAGCACCGGUUCCCAUGAUGACUGCGGCCUCUGAAGUCACAGCCAUGUGCUGUCAACACACACACAGCAGAGUCUCUGCAUGUCAUCAGGUUUAAAGCUCCCACCAAGCCACCAGCUGUAAAUACAGCACAAGUCCAUAAUAAAAGUGUUUCUCGGUUUAUUGUAAAGCCAUGACAGACAAAGAGGAAAUAAAUCACACUGCCUUGAAACCUGUUUACAAACUUCUCAGAGAGAAACUCAACUGGGCUCUGAUCUUGUUUGUCUGACUAUUGAUCAGUGGCUGUGUGAAUGUGUCUAUGUGACUGUCUCUUGCCAAAUCCUGCAUGCGUGUGUUAAGGUGUACCUGCACCUGUUCUUGUGCAGGGACUGUAUGCAUAUCCAUACAUGCAUCCAAGUUUGCUUACUGCAUGUAUGCGUGGUUGAUGGCAGAUUUUGAUUUUGAUGUGAGUAUGAGUGUGCACGUGACUCUAGCCAUGAAAAGUGUACAAUUUUGUAAAAUGAGAUGACAAAGUGAUGGCUCGCCGAGAUGCAGCUGGUGAGGAGGAAGGAGUAUUGAAGUUUUAAUCACGCCAUUUUCUGGCUGAGGUGCAGCCGCAGGGAAUUCUACAAUCUGUCACUGCAGACGGUGGUGAAAUCAAUCACAAAGCCAACAGGACUCUUUGCAGUGGCUUCAUAGUCGCUGCUGAAAAUGAUGAGACCAACAGUGUGCCAACAGACUCAUAAAGGCCUCAGACACAGAGCUUCUUACUGUCAGCUCUGGCCAUCCAGUUGUCAGUGUUAUUCUCUUUUCAAUAUACUGUAUAUGCUCUUUUUAUUAACAGCAUUCUAUUGAACAGUAUGUAUAGUGUGGUGCCUUAUUUUAUUGUGUGUAUCCCACACUUCUUACGUCCCUCUAUGUGCCAAAGAAUUUCAUUUCAUAGCUCAUGUUGUACUAAAUUGUGUUGUACAAAUUGUGAUUUGGGUCAGACAUGGUAAAGAAAUAUGUUCAAGGACUUUGUUAGAAAAAAGCAUCUAGUCGUUCAAAACAUUUUUUUAACUAAAAAGCAGUAAAAGGAAUUGCAAUUUUUUUUAUUUGAACUGGAAGAAAGAAACAUUUUUGAUAUAUAAAUGGGAUGUCUCGCACUGACCUCUCCUUUCACUCAAUUUUCUUUUCAUUUCAUUGCUAACAUUCCAAUGUGACCGUUUCAUAUGCUUAAGACCUUGUGUUUAAAUUGGAUUUAACAUGAAAAAAUAAAAUGUAAAAAGUCA